AUAGGCUAUUUGAUCCUUAUGCGUGUCCAAACAUUCAUUUUUCUUGGAUUAAAUCCAACAGCGUGGAGGUGUAUAACGCAAGUCCACGGCUGAAAAUGUUCAUUAUAACUGUAGUCAUUCCUCUUUUUCGUCAGUCACAAGCAGCUGCCCACAGGCUUUUCGUCUAGGUUCGAUAUGCUUCUGUGGUGUUAUCAAGAGAAGAACCAGAACAAGAGGCCCUGAACGUGUCUGCUGUCUCCUGACUGGGUGCACAACCGGCGAGGUCAUGACAUGCACCGCCAUCUGACCAUCCAAGCACGGUGACAUCACAGGGACUGUGAGAUGCAGCCCGUACAGCCAGGAGGAGAGAGGGUUUGAAUCACAGGCACAUUAGAGGUAGAGAGAGCGCAACCAGUCCCACUACAGGCUCCACAGGGCCCAGUCCCACCCCCUGAAACCGCUGAAGACCCCUGCCAAGUGGUGCAAGGCAGGGAGGGGGCUGGAGGGAGGCCAUCAUGAUUGACCUCAGCCACCUCACGGAGGGGGAGCAGGAAAUGAUUGUGUCGGUGCUGAAGAGGGACGCCGAGCUGAAGAAGGCUGAUGAAGAGCGGAUCAGACGGCUGCGGAAAGCUGCGCAGGACACAGGCAAGCUCAAAUACCUGACAGGGGAGUGGUUUUACCAGACUAAGUCACAGAGACACAGGGACCGCAUCCAUGGGUCGGACAUCAUUCGCGCAGCUAUGAAACAGAGGAAACCAAUGACCAUAUUGGAGAUCACCCAGAUAUGGGCAGAGAGGCCCAGUUUCGUUAACAGUGAAAUUCAGGAUAUAUUUGUUCCUGCGGAACUCUCUGGACUAAUAGAGGAGCCGUCAACACAGGCAACAGAAAAGAGGGCAAGCGGCAGUGUCUCACCAGAUGUCCAAAAAGAUGGAGUCAUCCUUGCCCUGCAGUCCCCUCCCAAGAUAAGAAGGAACCCUUUCAACAGUGUGCUGGCGGGGUCCGAAGCUUCAGAGGAGCCAGAACCGCAGUUUACCAAUUGGGAAGCAGAGCCGAUCACGCCAUCUGAUGAGGAACUGUUACCACCAUCAAAAAGCCCCAUAGGCAGUCUUGAUAAAAUAACUUCAGAAGAUGCAGGUACCUUAGAGGCAGCUCUCCCUAUAACGGCACCUUUGCCGCAAAAGAGGACCGUCGUUCACCCUCCCCUGGAUUCUCUAUCAUACAACAACGAGUCAUUUCCCAAAUGGAGCAGCGUGGCGGUCGAGCGGAGCACCGUUUCCGUCGCUCCCAGGGGGAUUCUCAAGCGCAGCUCAAGCUGCAGCUCUGCAGAUCUCCCUGCCUUCUGCAUUGACCGUGACGAUGGCGGGUGCUCUGAAUCAACAGAUUCCCAGAAAGCCCAGCAACCCGAAAAAAAUGACAGGCCUGCCCAAAGGAGUGAGUCCCUUCACUCGCUGGACAGGAAGCAGGUCCGGUUCUCCACAACGGUCAGAAUGAGCGAAACGGAGGAAGGAUCAACACUGCUGGCCGAUGGAGAGUUUGGGGAGCACGACCUGCUGGACAUGCAGUGUGAGACAUUCCCAGAUGAGGAACGCGGGGAAUGCAAAUUAGGCAUAGGCAGCUUUAUGGGUGAAAGCAAUAAUGAUCUCACCCACCACGGAGCUGAAUGUAAGUUUCAGAAGGAGACCGGAGAUCCCAUCCCCACCAUGACUGUGGCAGAGUCUAUCCCUGGGGAGGUCACUAUGCCCGCUACCUCUGAGUCACAGCAUAGCAGGUUGGGGAGUAAAUGGGAAGAGGUGGACACAGGUGAGACUAAGAGCAGCGGGGAGGGGACCAUCAUGAGAGGCCUGGACAUAGGUCCGCCCCAGAGUCCCAGUGGUCAACAUGAGUACAGUUCUGAAUCCUGCACCCAGGGCUCUGAGGAUCAGAAAGGUAAGCCUGUUCAUUCAAUGGUUCAAGGCCAUGGGCUCUUCUCCAGGCUGGCAGAGCAGAGUCGUGGGCUGGCUGAGGAACAAGGGGGCCCCAUUGCUAAGGUCAGAGAGGGGUUCAGCUGGCUCUCGGAUGGCAGCAACCAAUAUGACAAGCAUUCCCAACAGCGGAGCAUUCGGGAAGCUGAAGAAGAAUUUGGAAUUAGGAAGGAGCUGUGUGAACAAAAGGUCAAGGGUCCUGAAGGAAGUAGCACUGGAGCACAGACUCUGUAUGGGGAUGUUUCUCACACUGAACAAAUGACAGCUGGGUCCACUCUUAUGAAGCACCCUGACUUCUUCUUACCAUACACAGACACAGCCACUCAAAGAGAGUCAUGCAUCACUGCUUCAGGAAAUGAACCAGGAACUGAAGGAAAACUCACACCACGGGGACAAGCACAAGACAAGACUGCUUCGGUCAGUCACCCAUUCAUGAGGAAAGUGCAACUGACUAUGAAACAGAAGGAUAUUUAUGAACAGGGGUUGACUCAAAGGCUUGCUAACUUGAAGUCAUUCUGGGAGAAAGGAAACACUGAGUCUAGUAUACUGAUGAGCAGAAAAAGCACAUUUUCCAAAACAAAUGAAACAUUGCAGGAAUUUGCUGACAAAAGUAAGGUGACAGGUGAAGAAUGGAACAAGCCUGAUGUAAAUGUGUGCAAAGUAGGGCAGGAACUUCCAUUCUGGCUUGGAGAAACUUCACCAGCACCUGAAACCAUGAAAAAUAUCUAUGGACAUUAUGCACAACAGUUCAAAGGUACGAAGGAAAGUGAACAUCGUGUUCUUGAAGCACGUAUCAAGACAAAUUCUGUUGAUUCAGCGGACGGUAACAAAAUUACUGAGCAGUCAGAACAAUCUCUCUUCCAAAAGGAAGCAUACCCAAACCCAAGAAAAGGCUCAUCACUUCUAGAGGAAAACUCACCUUGUUUUGAAAGCAGAAGCAUGUUGGAGAACCAAAAUGAAGAGGAUCUAUACAUAGCUAAAUCCACUAUCAUCAGUGAGCAUGUGACUGUGGGGCUGAAACCUGAUAUACAGACAGGCUACCAAGGACAAGAGAUUGGUUCUAAAUUUGAUUCUGUGGCUUCCAGUAAACAGACUGGCAGGCAACAUGAUGACAGAGCUGGCAGGAUAAAUAACCUAAAGUCCUUCAGGGAGAAGGGGAAAAGUGACCCUAAAAUGAAUGUUGGAAAACAAAAAGGGUCUUUAGAGACUGAAGUGAACCAAAACCCAGAGCCCACUCCUGGUUGUGCUGAGAAAGAACUUGCCACCUCUGGGUCUGACCUAAGGACAGUUGGCAUUGAUUUAGACAAUAGUUGUGACAGUAGAUCUUCUCUCCUGUCAAUUAAAGAACAAAUUGGGAAGGAAUUAGAGAACCAGACUGCAAUAAAAGCGCAGUAUAAAAAUAUUGAUGACUGGGGCAAUGUGCCUUCAGUCAAGACAGAGUUGCCCACUACUGAAGAUGUUCCCCAACGUCCAAAAAGCUCCUACUCAAGGAGUCAAAGGGCAACUCAUGCUGUCCAACGGGAAAGCCCGUUGCUGGUUGUGGAACCAAGUCCAGAUUGUCCCCCACAAAUCCCACCGAGGUGUCCAAUAAAAUCCAAAACUGAGACCUGCUCCUCAAAAUCCCAUUCUGUCAGUGUCUGCCCUCCGAUAAGGGAGCUCAUGGAGAAAGACCAGAAACAAAUUCUUCCCAUUCAGCAGAAGAAGGUACAUUCACCUGAAGGGAUACCAUGGGAACCUGGGGUCACAAAGAUGUCCUUUGAAACUAAAGGUGUUUUCUCAGUGGGAAGACUACCUGGGGGUCAACAUAGCUGUAUUCCCCAGCUACGGAGGGGCAUUAAAAAAUCCUUAGCGGGGGAACCUGUGGUUGAUGAGUCCCUUGCAUCCCAAAAGGACAAAGAGUCAAAGCCUGAGCCACCUAGAAGAACAAGCUUAGAGAACCUUAAUGUUAUACAAACACACCAGUUUGCAUGUUGUGAAUACCUAAAUGAAGGAAAUCAAGCCUCUCCUGAGGUUUACGGGCAAAUGAAUGAAGGAAGACAUCCCAGCUACAGGAAAGCCAGUGAAGGACAACUUUCAAGAGUACCAGAAGAGGCUGAAUCACAUCGCCCUCUAGCAAGGUCUUUGAUCCCCCAAAGUUGUAAGCAUUACCUGGGACUUCCUGAGAUUGUAAACACGAAUGACUUGAGAGUACCAGUCACAGAGAGGAGGAAAGAGGGCAGCAGUGGCCAUCAACCAGCACAGCCUGAGGCAGACCUGGAUGUUCUACCAGAGCCUGUCCAAACCCGCACCCUGAGGGGACCACAGGAGGUGUCAGAGCACCCUAGGAGCAUGAGCGGGAGUGAAGGUCAUGGGACUUACAACACUCCUGACUCUUCCAGGAGCAACACAUCCAAAAUCUGGUCUAACUCUUGGGCAAGUUCAGACUGUUGUGAUGAGUCUCAAAGCUCCGUUAAGGCUUUAAAGCAAAUCUGUGCCAGACCCAUAGCUGUCUCUAGAAGUCUGGGGGACAUUACGUCACAGCAAACCCUCUCCCCAGUGUCCACGUCUCCCAGUUCCUCCUUCUCAGAUCAGGACCAGAUGAAGAAGCGGUGUGCGUCCAUGCCUGCCUUUUUGCAUGGAGAGAUGGAUGGCAGAGACAGUGACACUGACUCGGAGAACAGCUUCCACCUUGGAGGAAGAAAGAGCAGUGCCUCCACUAACUUUAGCACCUCCUCUGGCAUGGCAUCAAUGUCCUCUGCCAGUAGCAGUCUGAUGAGUAUCUACAGUCUGGAGUUUGAAAAUGUGGAAGUCAAAGGGACCAUCCAGUUUGCCCUCAGCUAUGUUCAGAAGCUGGGAGAGUUGCACGUGUUUGUGGUCCGGUGUAGGGAUCUGGCGGUCGCAGACACCAAGAAGAACCGGUCUGAUCCAUAUGUGAAAAGUUACCUCUUACCUGACAAAGCAAAACUGGGAAAGAAAAAGACCACAGUUAAGAAGAAGACCUUAAAUCCCAUCUACAAUGAAAUUCUGAGGUAUAAAAUUGAUGUGAAAACCCUCAAGAGUCAUACUCUGAACCUCUCUGUGUGGCAUCACAACAGCUUUGGAAAGAAUAGCUUUUUGGGCGAGGUGGAUUUCAAAUUGUCCGAAUGGGAUUUAACGAACACACAUAUGAAUGACUUCACCCUGAAAGGAAAAUCCCCAUCUGGUCUGCAGCCCACUGACCACAGAGGAGAGAUUCGAGUGGCCUUGCGUUUCCUGCAGCAGGGUUCUCAUGGUAAGAGGACACCUAAGACUGGUUUGGUACAGAUCUUUGUGAAAGACUGCAAAAACCUGCCAUUUAUUAGGGGUGCAGUUAUUGAUCCUUUUGUAAAAUGCUAUGUGCUUCCUGACACCAGUCGGAAAAGCAGGCAGAAGUCACGGGUUUUAAGGAAGACGGCCAAUCCGGUGUUCAAUCAUACAAUGGUGUACGAUGGCUUCCGGGCAGAGGACCUGGAGGAGGCCUGUGUGGAGCUCACAGUCUGGGACCACGACCGCCUCAACAACCACUUCCUGGGUGGUGUUAGACUGAGUCUGGGCACAGGUAGAAGUCAUGGAGCAGUAGUGGAUUGGAUGGAUUCUAAUGCAGCUGAAGCAAUGCUAUGGAAACAAAUGAUGGAAUCACACAAUGAAUGGGUGGAGGAUGUAUUGCCUUUAAGAAUGUUGAUGAUGGCACACAGCAUGUCAAAAUAAGAAAGAAGGAUUUCAAUAUUUUAAAUAGCGUGUGUUUGAUUGCAGUGAAUUCUCCUGUUGUUACUUAAUCAAGAGUGUAUAUUGUGUGUUGUGAUGAAUGUGCAUCAAUGAUUGAAUCUAAAACUGCUUUAAUAAAAAACUUUCCUUUAGGCACGUUAAUUAAAGUGCACUGUGCCAUGUAUUGAUGCAAGUAGGGUAAUAUUCCAGAUGUUCAGAUUAGUUCUCUACACAAUUUGGGGUAUUUCAUCAUGUUUUAACAGUUAUUUCUGCACAAUAAGUUUUUUUUCCUGUUAACUUCAUGGCUAUUGAUCAAUCAGUUAACAGCUACAAUUUAACUCAGAAGAUUUGGCUCACAAUGUGAAACAAGCUUAUUUUUUUAUUAAGUUGCCAGAUUGUACUUCUGCUCACAUUAAAAUCCAUACUUACGAACAUUUGGGCUUCACUUUCUGUGCUCUUACUUAUCUCUGUAUGUGUUAUUAGCUUUGUGUGUUCUUUUUCAUUACUCUAUAUUUGUAAUGUCACAGUGCUCCACAGGCAAAAAAUAUAAUAAAAUUAUAUUUCCAUCAGG